UGUGAGCUGAAAGCUCCAAAGGCACAAGCGAUAGUUUUGUUGUCGCAUUUCCCUCGAGGAAGCUUGUGUCAAGUGGAUUUUUUUCCUCGACCGAGAAGAGAGAGAAGAAGGCAGCCAAUUGCCGAUUUUUUGGACGGAAGUCCGAGCUCAGUGCGUGAGGUGCAUCUGACCGUUCUUAACGUAACUGGAAAUCAGUAGAUUUGUUCUAACGAUUGUAUUAUUUGAAUAAAAGAAAAUUUUGAUUAUUAUCGCGUGACGCAAGAAGAGCAAUAUUUCAAUUGCAUAAUCUUAUCAUCCGAUAAUUGAGUUACGAUCAUUUUUGUCUAAGCCUUAUAAUUAGUCGAAAUUUCAGGAAAUUCUUUCAAUCCGUUCCGAGUCGUAUGGGCGCGCGAUUAAUUUUUGCGCGAUACACGGUAAAAGUUGCGUAAGACAAAAAAAAUCGAUUUAUCCGCGAUAUAUCUAGCCGAGAGAGCUUGUUUACAAAAAAGUUAAUAACAGAGAAGAAAAAUGUCGCAGUUCGUAUGCAUCGACGACUACGAGCGUCACGCUUUGGCUAAUCUGCCGCCCAUGAUAAAGGAUUAUUACCGCAGCGGCGCCGGCGAGGAAUUGACCCUAAGAUUGAACAAGGAGGCGUUCAGAAAACUUCGUAUAAGGCCCAAAGUAUUGACCAAUGUCUCGAAGCGAGACAUCAGCACGACGAUUCUCGGUGAGAGGAUCUCCAUGCCGUUGGGGGUGUCACCGACGGCCAUGCAGAGGAUGGCUCACCCAGACGGCGAGUGCGCCAACGUCAAAGCCGCUGGAGGAGCCAAGACCAUCUUCACUCUGUCCACGUUGUCGACGUCGAGCCUCGAGGAGGUCGCAGAAGCCUCGCCCGAGGCCAUCAAGUGGUUUCAACUUUACGUCUACUUCGAUCGCAACGUUACCCGCGACCUCGUGCGCAGAGCCGAGCGAGCCGGCUUCAAGGCCCUCGUGCUGACCGUCGACACGCCCAUGUUCGGCGAUCGUCGCCGAGACAUUAGAAACAAAUUUGCCCUUCCGAAACACUUGAGAUUGGCGAAUUUCGAGGGUUUGCUGUCGCAAAAGAUCAAUUCGGCCAGUGAUGGCUCGGGCUUGAGCGAGUACGUGGCGAAUCUCUUCGACGACUCGCUCUCCUGGAAAGACGUGGCCUGGUUGAAAAGCAUCACUAAAUUGCCGAUAGUCCUGAAGGGAAUUCUGACUGCGGAAGACGCCCUUCUGGCCGUCGAACAUGGCGCCAGUGCGAUUUUGGUAUCAAAUCACGGAGCUCGUCAGAUCGAUAGUGUUCCUGCAUCGAUAGAAGCCUUACCGGAAAUAGUUAGAGCAGUGGGCGACAAGGUUGAAGUCUACCUGGACGGUGGAGUGAGUCAAGGAACCGACGUGCUGAAAGCUUUGGCGCUCGGUGCAAGAAUGGUUUUCUUUGGACGACCCAUGCUCUGGGGUCUGGUUCACGAUGGCGAAAAGGGUGCUCGAAAGGUACUGGAAAUGAUGAGGCGAGAAAUUGAUGUCGCUUUCGCGUUAUCGGGUUGUUCGAGCAUUAAAGAUGUUACGAGGGACAUGGUGGUUCAUGAAUCUCAGUACAGCAGACUUUGAUUGAGGAGAGAAAUAAAAAUUCUGAAUUAUAUUUGAGCUGCGUUAAUUUUUAUUGCAAGUUGGUAAAAUUGUGGCUUUUAUCAUCAAAAAAUAUCAGUCAUUUGUUUGCUUAUAAUAUACACAAUUUUUCAUCCUUGGCACAGACUCCGUAUUAUACUCAACGUUGUUUUUACCUGUACAAUUAUUUAUACGUAUGAUAUGUAUGACUCUUAAUUAUUUGUAUUACUAAUUUUUAUGCAUAAGCUUUUACAAAAUGCUUAUGUUACUUUAUUGUGACGAAAUUAAAAAAAAAACGCAAGUA